AUGGAUAGGAGACGCUGGAGAACACAAUUAAGUGCAACGUUGUAUCAAGGUCAGACCCAGGAGCCCCGGAGGAAGUGUGGCAACUGCAAUGAGAAGGCCAAGCCCCAGACCCUGCUGUCCACUGUGGGGGACGAGAGGGCCCUUCUCCUGGGAUUCACCAUGAUGGCUUUCUCCAUCCUCAUGUACUUUGUUGUGGGGAUUGUAGUGGUCAAACCUCAUCUCCAGAGUGACUGGGGUGAGGAGGUCAACUGUACCCUGACCCAGGCAUACAUUCUGGAGGAGUGGUCUGACUGCAGAGGCCUGACUACAUUCCCUUGCCUGCAAGUCUUGGUCAACAUCUCCGUCAACGUCUCUUCUUCCCAAAUAAAGGCUCGCCUGCACUACGAUGAAAAAUCCAUUAACCUGAACCCAGAGUGUUUCUACACGCCCAAGUGCCAGCGUAAUGAGUCAGACCUGCUGCAGGAGGCCAGGAAGAUCAAACAGUAUCUGGACGCGCGGUGUGGUGAGGUCCUGCGGUGUCGCUUCAGCGCCUGGCGUUACUCGGAGGACGCCAUAUUGUACAGGAAGUGCAACAGGUGGCUGACGCUGUGGUACCUGCUGUGGCCCAGCCUCAUGCUGGGUGGGGGGAUGCUUCUGGUGAGCCUGCUCAAGCUCAACCAGAGGCUGGCUCACCUGUGCACCGAGCUGGAUGGCGAGGAGGCCUGGGGGACACAGACGGCGCUCGUGAACGGGAGACUGUACCAGCUGCUGAGCUGGAGGCGUGCGGGCAGUGGCUUCUCUCCACAGGAGGAGUCCACGGGCCGAGGCCUGAGCUACUCACUGCCCCAAACACAGGGCCAUUGA